AUUGUUAAGGCCGUGGCCACAUAGGUGAUACAGAGUACUGGAGAUUUAUUGCGAUUUAAACUGGCUUCUAAAGGGACCCCAAAAUCUAGGGAGGCAGAACGACAUGGAUUCAACGUUGAUGUGCACAUCAAAUAGCAAGGCGCUUUACCGUGAAGAAAAGUCGUCUGCACUCCUAGUUACUUUGCGGCACCUCGUUGUCUUUUCUUAUCCUGAGAAUUAACAGAAAGUAGGCGUCUUGGCGUGGGUUGUAAGGGUUUAGCUUUCUCCUAAACCCCCGUUUGUGUGGAAGAGCUCUCCCAGGCCCCAGCGGUGAUCUUUUCUUUCCAGCUGGAUUUGGGUUGUUUUUUCCCCUCCCCCCCUCCCCCAGUUUGGAGACUUUUAAUUUUCCCUGUCAGUUUGUGGACAGUCUUCGUCUCUCUCUUCUUCUUCUUUUUUUCCUUCUUCUUCUUUUUAUUAUCUUGAAGUUUGGAGACAAAUCGUUGUCUUGAGAGUGGAUGUAAUGGAACUGAUGUUUGCUGAGUGGGAAGACGGGGAGCGGUUCUCCUUCGAAGACUCUGACCGGUUCGAGGAAGACUCCCUGUGCUCCUUCAUCUCCGAGGCUGAGAGCCUCUGUCAGAAUUGGAGAGGAUGGAGGAAGCAGUCGGCUGGUCCCAAUUCACCCACAGUCAAGAUAAAAGAUGGCCAGGUGAUUCCCUUGGUGGAGCUGUCGGCCAAGCAGGUGGCAUUCCACAUCCCUUUUGAGGUGGUGGAGAAGGUUUACCCUCCAGUUCCCGAGCAGCUGCAGCUCCGCAUAGCUUACUGGAGCUUCCCAGAAAACGAGGAGGACAUCAGGUUGUACUCCUGUCUGGCCAAUGGCAGUCCAGAUGAGUUCCAGCGUGGGGAGCAACUCUACAGGAUCAGAGCUGUCAAAGAUCCCCUGCAGAUAGGGUUCCAUCUCAGUGCCACGGUGGUGUCAACCCAGGCGGGCCAGUCCAAAGGGGCCUACAAUGUGGCUGUCAUGUUUGACCGCUGCAGAAUCACCUCCUGCAGCUGCACCUGUGGAGCCGGAGCCAAGUGGUGCGCCCAUGUGGUGGCGCUCUGCCUCUUCAGGAUCCACAAUGCGUCGGCAGUUUGCCUGCGGGCUCCGGUUUCAGAGUCUUUGUCCAGGCUGCAGAGAGACCAGCUCCAGAAGUUUGCCCAGUACCUCAUCAGCGAAUUGCCUCAACAGAUCCUGCCCACAGCCCAGCGGCUACUGGACGAACUUCUGUCUUCACAGUCCACUGCCAUCAACACUGUGUGUGGCGCUCCAGACCCUACGGCCGGCCCCUCGGCUUCUGACCAGAGCACCUGGUACCUGGACGAAUCUACCCUCAGCGACAACAUCAAGAAGACCCUGCACAAAUUCUGCGGGCCUUCCCCUGUCGUCUUCAGUGAUGUGAACUCCAUGUACCUGUCAUCCACCGAGCCUCCUGCAGCAGCCGAGUGGGCCUGUCUCCUGCGUCCUCUGAGGGGCCGAGAGCCGGAAGGCAUCUGGAACCUUCUGUCCAUCGUCAGGGAGAUGUUCAAGAGACGAGACAGCAAUGCCGCCCCUCUGCUGGAAAUCCUGACGGAGCAGUGUCUCACCUACGAGCAGAUCAUUGGCUGGUGGUACAGUGUGCGUACAUCAGCCUCCCACAGCAGCGCAAGUGGGCACACUGGGCGCAGCAACGGGCAGUCGGAGGUGGCGGCGCAUGCCUGUGCUAGCAUGUGUGACGAGAUGGUGGUGUUGUGGAGGCUGGCGGUGCUCGACCCCACGAUGAGCCCUCAGAGGCGUUUGGAGCUGGCAGCUCAGUUGAAGCAGUGGCACCUGAAGGUCAUUGAGAUAGUCAAACGGGGCCAACACCGCAAGUCCCUGGACAAACUCUUCCAGGGAUUCAAACCUGCUGUGGAAUCCUGCUACUUUAACUGGGAAGUGUCCUACCCACUGCCCGGCAUCACCUAUUGCAGCGCUGACAAAAAGAUGGCCUCUUUCUGUUGGGCCAGGGCCACACAGCAGCAGAGAGGAGCCAAGGCUGCUGCUGGAGGAGGUGGAGAACCUCCUGAGCUAGGGGGAGGAGGCCUGGAUUCCAAAGGAAGAGGAAGUGGCCACUCUCCCCAGCAGGAGGUGGCGGUACGCCCCAAGGAGACCAUUGUGAGUAAGAGGAAGGGGCUGUCCGCUGGCGGGGGAGGCGGGGUGAUGGUGCGUGUGGGCGGGAAUGUUUCUCUUUCCAUGGAGGACGGGGGAGGAGGAAAGUGUUUGCACAAGGGACUCGGCUCCUCUUCUGGAGGCAAGGCCAAAUUGACUCAAGGGUGUGGCAAGGGGCUGUCCUUAGGGAGUUCUGCGGGAGGUGGUGGAGCUGUGGGAGGGUUGGGAGGUGUUAAACAUGGCUGUGCCAAGCGGCGGACCAGCAGUGAGGACAGCUCCCUGGAGCCUGACAUGGCCGAGCUCAACUUGGAUGAUGGCUCCUGUCUGGCGCUGGGUGCAGAGGCCAGCAACACCUUUGACUUCAUGCCCCCUCCACCCGAGAUGCUACCCUCUCCCAGCUCUCUGCUCCGAGACUCACACAAGUACACCAGUGGUGGCGGGAGCGGCAGCGGGGUCGGCACCUCCAAGAUGUUUGAGGCAAAGCGGGUCAGCCAUGCCUUAGCUGCCCUCCCUGCCGUUGAUCCUCUGCCCCCCUGCUUCCCUUCCAAAGAGACUGUGGUAGUUUUUAUGGACGUUCCCCCUGCCGGAGAGAAGGAGGUGGAGCUGGAGGCAGACAUUGAGGAGAAUGGAGACAAGGAGACUGACCCUGAAGGUGAUGCCAGUGGCUCUGCCCAGUUAAAUACUUCUUCAACCUCUGGCAAGCCGGCGAGGAGCCGCAGGGAGGCUGCUUCAGGGGGACCGGAAACAGGAGGGGGGCCAGGAGGCACAGGCAGUCCAGGGAACCAAGGCCCAGAAGCAGCAGGAGGAGAAGCUGUAGGGGAGGAUGACUACCAGGCCUACUACCUGAGUGCUGCCUCAGAGGAGGGUGCAGACAGAGGAGCUGCAGACAACCAUCAUGAGGAGGAACCAGAUAUAUUUGCGGGGAUCAAACCCCUGGAGCAGGAGGGACGCAUGGAGGUCUUGUUUGCGUGUGCGGAGGCCCUUCAUGCCCAUGGCUACAGUAAUGAGGCAUGCAGACUAGCGGUGGAGCUGGCGGGCGACCUGCUGGCCAACCCCCCUGACCUCAAAGUGGAGCAACCGCAGACCAAGGGAAAGAAAAGCAAGGUGUCGACCAGUCGUCAGACCCAGGUGGCCACCAACACGCUGUCGAAAGCAGCCUUCUUGCUGACGGUCCUCAGUGAGAGACUGGAGCUCCAUAACCUGGCCUUCAGCACAGGCAUGUUCUCCCUGGAGCUCCAGAGACCUCCUGCAUCCACCAAGGCUCUGGAGGUGAAGUUGGCCUACCAGGAAUCGGAGGUGGUGGCGCUACUCAAAAAGAUUCCUUUGGGUAUUGUGGAGAUGACAGCCAUCAGAGAUCGGGCUGAGCAGCUCCGAGAUGGGAACUUUUGUGACUACCGACCCGUCCUGCCCCUCAUGUUGGCCAGCUUCAUCUUCGAUGUGUUGUGUACCCCAGUGGUGUCCCCGACCGGUUCCCGUCCACCGAGCCGGAACCGGAACAACGAGAUGCCCGGAGACGAGGAACUUGGCUUUGAGGCUGCCGUCGCAGCACUCGGGAUGAAGACAACGGUGAGUGAGGCAGAGCAUCCUCUGCUGUGCGAGGGGACCAGGAGGGAGAAGGGAGACCUCGCUUUGGCUCUCAUGAUCACAUACAAAGAUGAUCAGAGCAAACUCAAGAAGAUCCUGGAUAAAUUGUUAGAUAGGGAAAGCCAGACCCACAAACCCCAGACCCUCAGUUCCUUCUACUCCAGUAAGCCGGCCUCCAGCAGCCAGCGGAGCCCAUCAAAGCACGCUGCAACCAGCAGCCAUAGCGGGGUAGGGGGCGCCACUGGAGGAGUCUCCAAACAUGGACCUUCCUCUUCCUCGUCGUCAUGCGCAACCACUACGGCCUCCUCCUCUAACUCUUCCUCUGCGGUGCCAGUGGCCAGCGGAGGGGCAGCAGGUCAUCAGGCGGGGCUGGCAGGAAGCGCUGCGCAGAACAGCACCACAGAAGGAGAGGCAGUGGGCGAGGCCAGGGAGCAGGAUGGCAGACAGUCAUCAGCAUACGAUCAGCAGAAUGAAGUGGCUCCCUUUAAGUCCGAGGGCACGGUGCCCAGUCGGCUGGCACUAGGGGGGCGCGGCGCCUACAGCGGGCGCUGCUGGGGCUCACCUGUCCGCCAGAAAAAAAAACAUACAGGCAUGGCAAGCAUCGACAGCAGUGCUCCAGAGACCACAUCCGACAGUUCUCCAACACUCAGCAGAAGGCCGCUCAGAGGCGGCUGGGCAGCUGCUUCCUGGGGCAGAGGGCAGGACAGCGACAGCAUCAGCAGCUCCUCCUCUGAUUCGCUUGGCUCCUCCUCAUCCAGUGGCUCUCGUCGGGCUGGAGGAGGCGCCAGGGCCAAGAGCACAGACACCAGCAGGUAUAAAGGACGUCGGCCCGAGUGUCACGCGCCACAUGUACCCAACCAGCCGUCUGAGGCGGCAGCCCACUUCUACUUUGAGCUGGCCAAGACGGUGCUGAUCAAGGCGGGAGGGAAUUCAUCCACCUCCAUCUUCACCCAGCCUUCGGCCAGUGGGGGGCACCAGGGCCCCCACCGCAACCUGCACCUCUGUGCCUUUGAGAUUGGCCUGUAUGCCCUGGGUCUGCACAACUUUGUCUCCCCGAACUGGCUGUCAAGGACCUACUCCUCCCAUGUGUCCUGGAUCACUGGCCAGGCCAUGGAAAUAGGAAGUGCCGCCCUCAACAUCCUGGUUGAGUGUUGGGAUGGUCACCUCACUCCACCAGAGGUGGCAUCUCUGGCGGACCGGGCGUCACGGGCACGUGAUCCCAACAUGGUCCGGGCUGCGGCAGAGCUGGCCCUGAGCUGUCUGCCCCACGCACAUGCUCUUAAUCCCAACGAGAUCCAGAGGGCCCUGGUGCAGUGCAAAGAACAGGACAACGUGAUGCUUGAGAAGGCCUGCAUGGCAGUAGAGGAAGCAGCCAAAGGCGGAGGUGUGUAUCCUGAGGUCCUGUUUGAGGUGGCUCACCAGUGGUACUGGCUGUAUGAGCAGUCUCUUGGUGGGGGUUCUGGACAACAGCGGGAGGGCUCGGGGCGGUGCGGGGCCAAUGGUGGUGCAAGCAGAAGACCGCCGGAGACGGGCUGCAGCGCCUUGGACAGCGGGGCCAACAUAGACUCCUCAGGCGUUGCCGCUGUUACCGCCUCGGUCACGGCUGCGGCUGUGGUGCCCGUUAUCUCUGUGGGCUCCACCAUCUAUCAGUCCCAUCCAAUGCCUGGGCAGGCAAUAGCCCAUCCUCACAGCCAGGGCCUGCAUCCCUACACCACCAUCCAGGCCCACCUCCCCACCGUCUGCACCCCCCAGUACCUGGGACACCCUCUCCAACACGUCCCACGACCCACCGUCUUCCCUGUGUCAGGAACUGCUUACCCACAGGGAAUGCACCCUGCCUUCAUUGGUGCCCAGUACCCAUUCUCAGUGGCUACUGGCCCCCAUCCACCCAUGGCAGCCACUGCUGUUACCUUCCCUGGUGUUCCGGUACCGUCCAUGACCCAGAUAGCCGUCCACCCCUACCACACCGAGGCUGGCCUACCCCUCAGCACCACAGUAACAGUAGGCAGCGUCCACUCAGGCUCCACCAUCCAGGCAAUCCAGGGAGCCUCUCUGCCCGCCCUCUCUCCUCAGCCCGCCUCAUUGGUUAGCACCCCCUUUCCAGCAGAGGACGAACAGCACAGCCAGCCAAUCAGUCAACAGGGCCUGCACUAUCUGCAUUCUGCCUACAGAGUUGGCAUGCUGGCUCUAGAGAUGUUGGGAAGGAGAGCUCACAACGACCACCCCAACAACUUUUCCCGUAGCCCUCCCUACACUGAGGACGUCAAGUGGCUACUGGGGCUCGCUGCAAGACUGGGAGUGAACUAUGUCUACCAGUUCUGUGUUGGAGCAGCUAAAGGUGUCCUCAGCCCAUUUGUCCUGCAGGAGAUUAUCAUGGAUGCCCUGCAGAGGCUUAACCCCGCCCACAUCCACGCCCACCUCCGCACACCCGCCUUCCACCAGCUGGUGCAGCGCUGCCAGCAGUCCUACCUGCAGUACAUUCACCACCGGCUGAUCCACCUGACGCCUGCAGACUAUGAUGACUUUGUCAACAUCAUCCGCAGUGCUCGCGGAGCGUUCUGUCUGACUCCGGUGGGCAUGAUGCAGUUCAACGACGUGCUGCAGAACCUCAAGAGAGGCAAACAGACCAAGGAGCUGUGGCAGCGCAUCUCUCUGGAGAUGGCCACCUUCUCUCCCUGACCCAACCCCACAUCCACCUGAGGCUGGGAGUGUGUGUGUGUGUGUGUGUGUGUGUGUGUGUGUGUG